GCACCAAAGGUCACGACAAGAUAACUCGUUUUGUUUCAAUAGUCAAUAUGUUGUCCGUCGCUGUGAUAGGAGCGGGAGUGAUCGGCCUCCCUACGGCUUUAGCCAUCCAAGAAGAAUUGGGUCCGAAAGCUGAAGUCAUCAUUUUCACCGACAAAUUAAGUCCCCACACAACAGGUGACGUUUCAGCCGGCUUAUGGUCGCCUUACCUCCUCCAGAACACUCCAGUCCAGCAACUCACAAAAUGGUCAAAAGCCACACAGGACUACAUUUUAAAAUUGUGGAAGAACGGCGACGCCAAAACUACUGGAAUCUCCCUCCAGUUAAUAAUGGCAUUAUCGAAUAAAAAGGACUACAAAGCGCCUGAAUGGCUCAAGAUCAGUCUGGGCCACAGCGAGUUUACGCAAGACCGGCUCAAAUAUUACAGCCAGAGAUAUGGCGAGGAGUUUACUGGAGGUUACGCUUUCGUGGGGUUCAUCUGGGAGCCGGUCAGGUUCCUCCCAUAUUUGGAGAAAAAGUUCAAGGACCGCGGCGGUCAAAUCAGGAUGGGGAGAGUCGAAAAUUUCGCCGAAUUGUCACAUUUUGACGUGGUGGUGAACUGCUCGGGGCUCGGAGCGCGCUCUCUCGUCCCUGACCCGGGGGUUCGCCCCAUCAGGGGGCAGAUCGCCCGAGUCCGGGCCCCGUGGCAGAAGCACACUUUUAUGCUCGAUACGGAGCCUGGCAACUACGUAAUCUCCAACGAGGACUGCGUCAUCGUCGGAGGAACGCACCAGGAGGAUGACUUCAAUACCGGCAUCUACGACAAUGACCGGGAUCACAUCCUGACCGGGUGCAGGAAAUACCUGCCCUCGCUUGCGAAAGCUCAAGUGAUUAGAGAUCAGGCCGGUCUGAGGCCGGGCCGUGAUCAGGUCCGAUUGGAAAUUGAGGAGCGGAGAAUUGGGGAGAAGGUAAUGAAAAUUGUGCACAAUUAUGGGCAUGGAGGGAGUGGGGUUACUCUCUCGAUUGGAUGUGCACUCGAUGCUGCGAGACUUGUCAAAGAAGCUGCAGGCUUGGCUGGACAAAGCAAGCUCUAGAUUAGGCGGAAUGGAGACGAAAAAGUGUUAUUUUGUUUAAUAAUAAAUUAUUUCUUUUGAA